AUGAGGGAUGUCCUGAGCUCCUGGCUCUUAGACCGGCUCGUCUAUGCUAGUGCCUUCUUCUCAGCCGACUUCUCAUCCCAGCCAUUGGGUGCAUCACUGAGUACCGAGUCAUCGUGCCCCGACAAUAUCCUACGGGACAUCAUCUCACAUCUUCCUAUCAAGGAUGCCGUGUGCACCGCCUUGCUCUUGUUGCGCUGA